UCUCUCUAUCGCAAAGAGAAUUCAGCAUUUAUACUAAAGUUUUUUUUUUCACAAAUCACAACAAUGGAUAUGAUUGGGAGAAUUCAAGCGAGUCUGCCGGAAAUGAUGGAAGAGAUCUAGGUGGAUUCAUAUCUCGGAUAGAAUUUGGUGCUCAGGUCGAUUCAAGAGAGCUGUUACCAUGAAGAAAAGGAAUGCUAGUCCCAAAAGAGGGAAAAAGAAUGCUAGGGCAAAGAAAAGGGAUGUUAGUGAAGAAGAAAGCGGUGCUAGUGCAGAAAAAAUGGGUGCUAGUGCAGAAAAAAUGGAUGCUAGUGAAGAGAAAAAAGAUGUCAGUGCGAAAAAAAAGAAGGAUGUUCGUGAUCAUUUUGGAGUUGAGCUUUUCAGCUCAGGACGUUUUACUCAACCUAAAAAUCCUUAUUUCGUGACCAAAAUCAGGCCAAGAAGACGAAGCGAUCUGUUUAUACCGUUUGAAGUCAUCAAGAAUCACAAUACUAAAUUGCCUGCAAAUGUGAUCCUGCCUGAUGAGAAAGGUAAAAAUUGGAACACAUAUGUAAAGACGUGGAGUGAUGGGCGAACAUGGUUAUCUGGAGAAUGGCGAAGCUUAUGUAGAUGGAACCUUGUUCAAGAACAUGACAGGUGCAUCUGUGAAUUUAUGCCUUCGAAUUUAUUGGGGCAAGAAUUGGUCAUGCAGGUCACCAUUAUUCGAAGAAAGGACUUGGAAGCACAACCAAAUUAA